AUGCCCCAGGCCGUCAUGACCUACGAUCCCGUGCUGGACGAGGAGUCCCGCACCCUAAGCAUGGAGCAGGAGGAACUCCUGAGGGAGCGCCACGAGGAAGGUUCCCGCAACAAGGUCGUGUACCGUGCCCUCGCUGCUCUCGCUGCCGUCGCCGCCAUCGCAGCGGUCUUCCAGCUGGGCAGUGGCCUGGGCAGCGCCCUCCGUGGCACGGAGACGAAGAUGCAUUCCCCGAUCCAGCUUGAGGAAAGUUGCGGACGCUCCGCGGACAAAGUGAAGCUUCAGGACGUGAUUGAGGAAAAGGGCUUCCCCUUGUGCGUCUCCGUGAACGAUGCAAAGAUGGACGGUGAGUCUCUCAACAUCUUGAAGCAUGGCUGGGGCUACACCUGCCCGGUGUCCACGGUCGGCAUCUUCAACAAGUGCUACGAAGCGACUCGGUUGAAGCGCUCCUUUUUCUUGGCCCUGCAGGUGAAGUGCGAGAAGAAGUCUGCGAAGGAAAUGGGCCAGCAUGUGAUGGAUGGACUCUCCCACCAUGCGGGCAACCUCAUGGGAGCCCUCUCCGGCGCUUUGACGGGCGACGACCAGAAGGAUAAGAAGACGUUCAAGGAGGCAGCUCCGGCAGGGCAGUAG